UUAAAUGCCCGUGCAGUCGUUGGCUGUCCAUUUAACGUUAAGUUCUGAUGUAGUAUGCGUGGUCAGCAGGCUUUAGCUUAGUUAACGGAACAUUUUCGCCUAUCUCAAAUAGUUUACGAAUCAGAUUCUUCUCUAACCAUGGCGUCAAGGAGCAUAAGCUUUAGAAAUCAGAAUGUGAGCCGCAAUGAAAAUGUGGCUGUUAAGAAAGUGGCAAAGCUAGUCUCUGGUCCUACAGUCAAGAGGGCUGCCCUGGGAGACAUUGCCAACAAGGCUGCUGUGGUGCAGCGUUCUGCAACAGAUGCAAGCAAACUAAAACAAAAUGAUACUUUUAAGAAGCCUUUGCAGCCAAGAAACAAAAAUAUAAAAAAUGAAAAUGUACCUUCAAAAAUCGUACCCAGUGCCAAGCUUGAGGCUGUUGACGAGUGUUCCAUGGUGUCGGUGGAUACCAGCUGCUCGGUGCCUCAGGACAUGUCCGUUGUUGAGCACGAGCCUGUGAAAGAAAGUAGCUCCAAAGACACGUCUAAUGUUCAGCCCCUUAGUGACAACUGUGUGCAGGACCUCUCAGAAGCAUUCUCUGCUAAAUGUCUCACUGUCACAGAUAUUGAUGCUGACGACAAAGACAACCCUCAACUUGUAUCGGAAUAUGUCAAUGAAAUUUAUGCCUAUAUGAGGUCACUUGAAAUCAAGAAUUGUGUGCGUAGACGCUACUUGGACGGUCACACUGUGACGCCACGGAUGCGUACCAUCCUCGUGGACUGGCUGGUCCAGGUGCAUAUGCGCUUCAACCUCAUGCAGGAGACCCUGUACCUCACCAUGGCCAUCUUGGACAGAUACCUGCAGCUGAUGCCCGACACUCCCAAAGAGGAAUUGCAGUUGGUGGGUGUGACGUCCAUGUUUAUCGCUAGCAAGUACGAGGAAAUGUACUGCUCGGAAAUAAACGACUUUGUCUUCAUCAGUGACAAGGCUUAUACCAGGCAACAGAUCCGAAAAAUGGAAAUCCAGAUACUCAAGAAACUUGACUACAACGUCUCAAUGCCUCUGCCCUUGCAUUUCCUCAGGCGCAACAGUAAAGCUGCCAAGGUGGACGGAACUCAGCACACACUAGCCAAGUACCUCAUAGAGCUUUGUCUGACGGAGUACAACAUGUGUCACUUCAAGGCUUCACAACUUGGUGCCGCUGCCCUCUUCUUGACGCUCAAACUGACUUGUGACGACCAAUGGAGCGACACUCUUACGUACUACUCUGGCUAUAGUGACGCAGAACUGAUGCCUGUGGUGUGCAAGAUGGCUCAGGUUGUGCUGCGCUCGUACAAAGCUAGUCACCAGGCCACCGUUCAGAAAUAUCGUUCGAGCAAAAACCUGAAGAUCAGUGAAUGUCCGGAGCUGACUGGGCCAGUGAUCCGAUCGCUAGCUGUGAAGGCGGCCACGUACUCCUAAACUAGAAUUGCUUACAUCCUGACGCGCGCAUCUCUGAAGAACUAACAUGUCUCAACUUUAUAGUGACUUCUUAGGAUUGACUAAGCGCUUGUAGAUUUCAUAACGAUAUCUAAUCAGUUAUUAUCGAACCAGUGCGUCUAAUUUUAUCAAAUAGUCAUUUUGGCUAAGAAACUUGCGAUUUGUAUACUACUAUCUGCCGAACUUCGUUUGGAUUUUUUUAGUGUGGACCAGGAACUCUUACUGAAAUGCACGUAGUGGUGAAACGCUUAAUUUUAACUUUGCCAUCUUGCCAGUAUUUGCGCGGCUGCUGUUGCCUCAGUGUUCAGAUUGUGGGAUUAGGUUAAUAUGAUGGAUUCUUGGAAUCUUUUAAUUCCUUUUACAGCCUUUGAAUGUACAGUUUUUUGUGCUCGAUUCCGGCUUCAUCUCGUGCGAAUGAUACGCGUCAAUAAAUUACUCCUGAAAGACGUUAUGAAUCUUUGAAGGCAUUAUUCUGCUUAUGUAAAUUUAAGUCUACGUACAAAUUUUCUCAUAGCUCCUUAGGAAAGUGGGAAUCAAAUUGAACUAACGAAUGUUUGAAAGUAUGCCGCAAUGUCAUAAUGGCUGAUGUUUGCGUAGAUGGUAGCUCAAGCCAAACAUUCUUCGCCCUCAGAGCUAAUUGUCUGAGGAUGCUUCAAAAUACGAGUGUACUUAUAUCGCUUACUCUCUCUAUAUUAGACUUUGCCUAGCUUUGAAGACGAGUAGGUUUAUAGCUUGUGGCCACGCUAGUUGUGCAUCGUUGUUCAAAUAAAAAUGCGUAUUGCUAAGGUGUGCCAACUUUUGGUAAUUACGGACUUUGUAACUAUGUUAACGAGACGCGUUUUAGAGCGGUCUUCCAGUCACGUAUGAAUAUAUAAAGGACUAUAUUUUGUAUACAUGGAUCCUCUUCGUGAUAUGUAAUGGAGCUAAUCAAACAUUAGGAUUUCUGUCUACGGAGAUGGUCAGCUGACCAGGUACCUAUUUAAUUCAGUUUUCUUCAUAGCAGUUAGAGAAUGAUUUUAACUUGCAUCUAGUAAGGCAGUGUUUUGCUGGCGCUGAAAAGAUCAAAUGGAGCUGCAACCUCGGUGAAGCUACAACUCAGUUUUCCGAUAUGAUCUCACUUUUGUAGAAGGUUUGCUAUAAAAUCGUAUGAAUUUGAUCCAUUUCGCAAAGUUCACCUCGUUUGCACCGGCAGUUUUUACCAGCAACCCAACAUGAAAUAGAAGGAAGUAUUGCCUGCUAACGGGAGCUUUAAGUCAUUAUUUUAGGUCGGUUGAUACCUUGCCGUGUCUCGUCUGAAAAACAUUUUAAUUUCUCCCUGUGCUUUUGUACCGUUUUCAUGAUAGCGUAUUUAUGACAGUUUAUUUAUCCCUGCAAACCUAGUACGUGGGAUUUGUUCUCGCUUGCUUUGAAUGCAGGAUAUUUCGCGCUAUAUGUCAUGCAACGAGUAAUUUGAAUUAUGUAGUAUUUUAGUUUUAUGGACUGCCUUUCUGUUCAUUUUAUGUGAUGAAUAUCAUUUGAGGUGUUAAUUAUUGUACACCUGUUUUAGAAAGACACUCUUAUACGAGAUGAUCAUCGUUAAGUUGUGAUGUAUUUUGACCCACUAGAUGGACGUCAAUAAAAGUUGCUGGAAGUAUAAUAAUUAUUUUUA